AUGGGAAAGAGCCAUAGCGGCGUUUCAAUCCACGCAGAUCUGCAAGCGACGAGUCGUGAAUCGGAGAAGCGCAGCCAACAGGAGUUGCGCCACGGCGAUACACGUGGGAAUGGCAGCGGAAAGAGGCCUCUAUUUGCGGCUGGCGUGGAUGCGUCGGGUGUCGUCGAAGGUGGUGGUGGUGGUGGUGGUGGCUCUGGUGAAAACCGUGAAGGAGUGGGUGGUGGUGGUUGUCGUCGCGGUUGGACGGUAGCAACGGCGAUGGAUCAGUGCGUUGGAGUGGAUGGUGCUUUGGUGCUCAGACUGGACGAACGGUCGAUAAUUGGCGCGGGUGGCUGA